GCAUCUCAUGAUUUUCUCUUUUUCUGCCUUCUCGCUGCCUGCGUGCUUCACCUCACAAUUGUUUUUAAGACUUGUUCUCAUCUGCCAACAUUUGUGAAACUAUGGCUAUCGGAAACAUUUUCUGGUUCAUGCAUUCCUCUCUCUUCCUCUGCUUAUUCUUGAAGGCCCAUUUUUCUAUAGGAGCUGAUACCAUUUCAGCUGGCAACUCAUUGUCAGGGGACCAGACCAUAAUCUCUGCUGGUGGAGAAUUUGAGUUGGGUUUCUUCAAUCCUAGUAAUUCCUCAAGCUUCUACAUAGGUAUCUGGUACAAGACAAUUUCUUUACAGACAGUAGUUUGGGUGGCAAACAGGGAUGAACCCAUCUCUGAUAAACACUCCUCGGAGCUUAAGAUGCUCGAUGGCAAUUUAGUUAUUUUUGAUGGGUCUCAAAACCCAGUAUGGUCUACAAAUUUAGAUUUCACUACUUCAAGUUCUACAGAAGCUGUUCUAUUGGAAAAUGGAAAUUUUGUUUUGAGAGACGGGCCAAAUUCGUCAAGAACAAAAUGGCAAAGUUUCGAUUUUCCCACAGAUACAUGGCUUGCAGGUAUGAAGUUUGGAUUGAAUAAGCGCACCAAUCGGACACAGCGCCUUACUUCGUGGAAAAGUUCAAAUGAUCCUGGUACUGGAAUCUUCACUUUUGAACAUGACGGAGAUGGGUCUAGUCAGUAUGUUUCAAUUUGGAACAUGACUAGGCAGUAUUGGACUAGUGGGGAGUGGAAUGGGCAGUGUUUUGGUAUGGUUCCUGAAAUAAGAAUCACUCAUUUAUACACUUCAAUAGAUUUUAAUUUCAGCUAUGUUAUGAAUGAGAACGAGAGUUAUUUCACCUAUUCAUUGCCUAAUACUUCCAUUAAAUCAAGAACUGUACUGGAUUUAUCUGGGCAGAUCAAGGCAUUGUCCUGGUUGGAGUCUUCCAAGCAAUGGUCUCUGUUCUGGGCCCAGCCUCAACGGCAAUGUGAAGUGUAUGCUCGUUGUGGGCCAUUUGGAAUUUGCAGCGAGAAGACUGAUAAUUUCUGUCGUUGCUUGCCGGGUUUUGUCCCAAGCUCUCAGAAGAAUUGGAGUUUGAGUGAUUGGUCCGGUGGUUGUAAGAGAAAUGCCAAUUUGCAGUGUGGUAAUAAUGCUUCUAAAGGGGAGGAAGACAAGUUUUUUCCAAUGCCUAACAUGAGAUUGCCUGUGAAUCCACAUACAUUGGGGAUUCCAAAUCUCGGAGAAUGUGAAUUGGAAUGCCUGAGUAAAUGCUCUUGCCCUGCUUAUGCUUAUAAUGAUGGUGUGUGCUCCAUAUGGAUUGGAGACUUGUUAAAUCUGCAGCAAUUGUCACAAGAUGACAAUAAUGGAAAAGUUCUCUUUCUUAGACUCUCAGCAUCUGAAUACCCUGCUCACAAGAGUAGUAGGGGAGAAGUUGAUAUAGUUGUGGGCUCAGCUAUGGGUUUAUUGGCACUAUUUGGUCUUGCCUUGAUUUUGUGCCUUUGGAGGAGAAGGAGAUCAAUCAGAUCAGCAGAAACUGUGGAGGGUUCAUUGGUGGCAUUUAAAUUCAGAGAUCUGCAAGCUGCAACAAAAAAUUUCUCAGAAAAAUUGGGAGGAGGAGGUUUCGGGUCAGUCUUCAAAGGGACAUUGCCUGAUUCCACUGUGGUAGCUGUGAAGAGGCUUGAAAGCAUCAGCCAAGCAGAGAAGCAAUUCCGAACAGAAGUCAGCACAAUUGGGACAAUCCAACAUAUUAACUUGGUUCGGCUUCGGGGGUUUUGCUCUGAAGGCAGUAAGAAGUUAUUGGUCUAUGAUUACAUGCCAAAUGGGUCUCUAGAUUCUCAUCUUUUUCGUGGGAAAGAUUCAUCCAAAGUGUUGGACUGGAAAUCAAGGUACCAAAUUGCAUUGGGGACAGCAAGAGGACUGCUCUAUCUCCAUACCAAGUGCAGAGACUGCAUCAUACACUGUGACAUAAAGCCUGAAAACAUUCUUUUGGAUGCUGGUUUCUAUCCUAAAUUGUCAGAUUUCGGCCUUGCAAAGCUUGUUGGUCGGGAGUUCAGCCGGGUCUUGACCUUUUUCAGAGGCACAAGAGGCUAUCUCGCACCGGAAUGGGUUUCAGGCAUGGCUAUAACUGCCAAAGUUGACGUUUACAGUUAUGGAAUGACGCUUUUUGAAUUGAUAUCAGGAAGACGAAACUUUGAGCAAUCUGAAAACAGCAAUGUCCAGUGCUUCCCUGUUUGGGCUGCAAACAAAAUAAUUGAAGGCAGUGAUGUCCUUAGCCUAUUAGACCAGCGAUUGGAUGGAAAUGUGGAUGCAGAAGAGCUACGCAGAGUCUUUAAAGCCGCUUGUUGGUGUAUCCAAGAUGAUGAAAAUCAUAGGCCGUCAAUGAGUCAGGUGAUUCAAAUUCUUGAGGGGGUUUUGGAUGUUGAACUACCAGUGAUCCCAAGGUCUCUCCAAAUGCUUGUCGAAAACCCGGGGCAUAUAGUUUUCUUCACCAAGUCAUCCUCAAGCCAAUGUUUGCAAGCAAGUUGCCAUCCCUCAGCUUCUUCCUCUGUGGCCAAGAGCAACACUGACGUUGGGUGUUGAAGAACAUAAGUUGAAAAUGCACAGCUCCAUCAAAUUUGGUCAACUACAUAAAUCUAUAUUUUCAAUCCGUGGUUCAAAGGUUUGCUUUUUCAGUGGUUUCUUUUGUUUCUACUAAUCACAUAUCGUUUCUCAUAUAUUUCAUAGGAGCAUCAGUUUUCGAGUCUUGGUUAAUGUCACAAGCUGAAGUUUCUCAGGAAACAUGGCUCGUUAUUUUGAAUAAUUAUGCCUCAGCAUUUUAGUGUAUGAACUGCAAAAUAAACUUAAGCUCCUGCUGAUUUACAGCAUACUGGACUUUGAAUUGGUAAAAUAGAACUUGACUUGCAGGUGUUCUC